UAACGAAACACAAACGCGGAAACAGUCGAUUCAGAAGAAUUAAGAGUUUCAAAAAUUCAGAGUAAAGAGUUUUAGGAAUUAAUCUAUACAUACAUAAAAAAGCUCAUUAAUAGUGGUCUAACAUCAUUACAGAAUUACAAAUCAAGCUACAUCUGUCUCUUGCAGAAUGCUUUCAGCAGUACCUUCAGUAAAGGAAGAUGGUCAUGAUGGGAACAGACCAGCACAGAACCCCUUUAAUAUGCCGGAAGAUGACGUCAUCUUCCACUUUAAAAUGACACAGAAAGCUCAGCAAAAACUAGAAUAUCAGAGAAAUCUGAGUCUGCCUGUCCAUGAGAAGAAGACAUACUUAGGCAGAAUGAAAGCCAGACAGCUAGAGAUGAGAAAACAUGUAAGAGAUGACCUUGAGGAAAAUGAAGAGGGCACCACAAACCAUUCACGUACUGACAUCCAGCUUUCCCGAAAGAUCCCGGCAUCCAUGGCGAUGAUCAGAGAUCGUAAUAUUGAAAAAGAGGGAAUACAGAAGUUCAUUAACAAGAAACGAGAGAUGUUCUACCUUGAGUAUGCUCUGACAGUAAAGAGAGAAGAGAUUGCAAAACUAGAGGAGCAGGCAAGUCAUGAAGAGAAAAAGUUGGCUAAAGCUGAAAAGUUCUUGGAGGAUGAUGCUGUAUUGUUUGACACAUUUCUAAAAGAAAACGACAAGAGCUCAGUGGAGGCCAUCAGAAUUGCAGAGCAGGAGAGCAAAGCAAAGCUGGAGAAAGUAGCUGAGAUCAAAAGGGUCACGUCUAAGAUGGUGGCCAUUAAAAGCAACAUUUCUAAGUUUGAGGACACACUGCAGGAGUACAAACUCUACAGGGAUUUUCUGUUUAAGCUUUCUCCCCCAGAGUGGCAGAAAAAGCAGAGAGUGAAGAAGAAAAGCUGCAACAAACCCAUCAUGGUAACCAACCAGGAGAGCAUGAGGAAAAGAGCAAAGAGAGAGACAGAGGAAUAAACCUGUCAAUCUGAUAGAUAUGCAGGUAGAGAGAAAAGCAGCCCUGUUUCACGAGAGCUACCUCCUCUUCGUGAGGCCCGGGUUCCUUCCAGACACAGUUUGAAGUCAAGUCCUCAGAACGGCAAAAACUCCGCAUCUGGAAGUGACAGCUCAGAAUAUGAGGAGGAGCCAGAGCUGUACUUUACAGACCCUCAACAGUUGCUGGACCUGCUCAGUGAACUAGAAGAACAGAACCUCACGUUGAUACAAAACUCUCAAGAGACUGAGGAGAACCUGGAGAAGUUCAGACAGAUCAUGGAACAGACUCGCAAGAACAUCGAGCAAGAAGCCAACCAUCUGAAGCAGCAGAUUGAUGCCAUGACACAGACUCUUAAAAGAGAAAAAGAGAGAACUGCAGAACUGGAGCUCAGUACCAGGUUCUUUGACUUUGGAAAGACCAAAGCAGAGGAAGAGAACACUCUGAACGCUCUGGGCCAAAAAGUAGAGGAGGUCUACCAGAGCUGCAUUGGAAACAGUGAAGCCAACCUGAGCACGUUGCAGAUGCUAAAAGCUAUAGAGAGCAGACUGGGUGAUCUGCUGGAGAGAGUGGAGAGAAUUCCUGCUGACCGUCUUGCAAUGGCUGAGCGAGCCAAGGAAAAAGAGAGGAGACUCAGGUUGCGUGAUGAGAAGCUUACUCUGCAGAAGCAGCACCAGGAAGAGAGAAUAAAGAAAGCCAUCGAGAGAGCUCAAGCUGAGAUCAAGCGAACGUCUGGUAGGAAGCUGAUGCCUCGCUCCCAGCCUUCUGUUCAUAAAGUCAAGAACAAAGAGCACAACGAUAUUGCAGACAAGGAAAAGGAGGAAUAUCUGUACUUCUUUACUUAAAACAAUCACUCCUAACAGCAUGCCCUUCUACAAUUCAGGGCAGAUCACUAUAACCUGGUGCCUUUCCAGAAACCCAAACCAUGCAAAAUCUUUAGUUUCUGUGAAAAGAUACAUAAGUGCAUUGCCCAUUAUAUAUUAAUUAUUGAUAAAUAGUAAUAAUAAUAAUAAUAGUAAUACAAUAUAAAUCAGCAACAGCAAACACUUUAUUAUUCAAGGAUCUUAACAGAAAGAUAGCCUAGACAUAAGUGCACGUGUAUUAUGUAUCAAAAGUUCUUAUGAAAACAGUAAUUGAAUUACGAGUUUAUACAUACACAAUAUUUACAAAUGACUCAUGAUUCUAUGACUCCCCCCUCACAGAAUAUCUUAAAUAGGAGAGGAGAGCCAUUUUUAAUCUUGUGUAAUACUUUCAUACACACAUAAAAAGACAUUUUCAUGUUUUAUACAAAACCAUACAAAAAUAAGCAACAAAAGCAACUGGAACAAAAAAAGCUUUUCAUGACAAUAAAAGCUGUGCUCCUCAGGACUUGAAUAGAAACUCAAGACAAUGCUAACGACAAAGAGUUAUUUUGAUGGAUAUGUUACUGUAAUAAUAAAUCUUACAAGCAAUGAUAACCUAUUGUGCUGUUUCACAUUCACUCAUUCAUUUACAUAAUCCUGCUUAAACAUAUCGAGUCUUAAUAUAUCAGAUUUAUCAAGCAGCUGUCAUACGAGAUUAUGUUCCCCAAUUCAAAGUGUAUAUCGAAUUUGAAAUGGAAUAUAUCAAAGUCUAAUGGCUUGUAAGUAAUCUUUUACCAAUAAAAGUUCAUGUUCUCUACAAAGGAAACUUAACUAAUACAUGAAGCACAUGAAAUAACUUUAUUCCUGGUCAAAUACAAAUAUAUAUCUUGGAAUUGUGGAAUUAGGAUGUAUAUUAAAAACCUACACA